CUUCCUCCUUCUUUGCCAUGAUUUCAUCCAGAUGGCUUCAAGAGUAACUUUGGUGGUAUAUAGCUGUAGCUCUCCAACCGUUUUUGCACCGUAGACUGAUUUCAUGCAGAUCAUAUAAUACAUAUUUAUUAUAACAGCUGGAUGUUUUUCCUCCAGCCGUAGAAACCAUGCCAAAACAAACAUGGAGCCCGGGCAGCUCUUCGGCUGGCCAGCUCCUGUCAAACCGUCCAACUCAUGCCAGCAUGGAAAACGGACGUUAAGUGAUGAUGACGAUGAUGAUGAUGAUGAUGAAUCCAUGAGCUGACAUUCCAAUGAUUUCUCUACUAAGCCAUUCCAUACCAGCGAGAUGAUUGUUAGCACACAGUAGAAUCGGUUUAGAAAGUAUUAUGUAACUGGAGGGCGGAAAAAUAUAACAUCUGAUUAUGGAUUUUGAUAAACAUAUAAAUAAGAGAAUUGAAUGAAAGAUUGAUAAGUAAAACAUCAUAAUUAAGUUUCGUUUUUGGAUUUGGCUUAUUAUCUAACGCACUUUACCGGUGGGUGUGUUAGUUAAUAAGGCACUAAAAGAGAAUGACUCUCCCCAGACACAACAAAAUCAUCAUUAAAUCUUUCCUUUAAAUGAACUGGCCUGCUACUUGUCUCUUACUCUCACUCAUGUAAAAAGUAAAAUCUAAAUAAUGAAAUAAUGACGUAGUGGAUAGUUACGUCAUUGCGAUGAACGCUGAACGCGACUCCAUUCGAGCUGGAAUAUAUUUUUUCACUAAGUUGUCCUUGUGAAUGAUAAAUGCUUUUGAUAAACUUUUGUAACUAUCUAGUUAUAGUUUGGUAAUUUUUCUGUCUUGGUUGGCAGCAUUAAAAGUAACAAUUCUGUUGAAUGGUCGUAAAACCUCGACAAUCUUCCGUUGGAGGUUGAUAAUGACAAAAUAUUGAAGUGGAAGCUUUAAUUUGGUUUAUAAUCAUUUAUAUCUCACAACAAUUCAUUGUUUCAAAAAGUAUAAAGAGAAAUUACCUUCCUAAUCUGAUGUUCAGUUCUCACUUGUAUGGAUUUUACCUUUCAUUUUAUAACAGCGUUUAUUCAAUUUAUCCGUGCAUCUCUCUUAACAAAGAUUUGUUAUUGAAAGCCAAAGCAAGGAAUCAUUAUCAUAAGCCUUGAAUCGAAACAGCUGUCAGCGAUGAUAUCCAGUUUUACAGACAGACACAAAAAAGGCGAAAAGUGAGUGGGAAAAGAGGAUGAAAAUAAUUGGAAAACAAACAAAACAGUCAUAAAAUAAUAAAUGAAGUGAAGAAGAAAGAAAACGGGGGAAAAAGAACCGCGAAAGAAAAAUAAAAGAACAGAAAGUACAACAGCCAAUAUUCCUGAGACAGCGUACUAGGGAUGGAGAAAACAUUUUGGAUGGUGUAUCUAAUGGCGACUUUUUCUGCAAUGCUCUUUGUACAUCUUGUCUCAGCAUGGGACUAUCACAACGAAAGUAAGAAUUGGGCGAAAGAAUAUCCGAACUGUGGUGGUCGUUUACAAUCUCCAAUCGCUAUUGAGCAUAAAUUUACAAACUACAAGAAAACCAGUAAUUUGAUUUUUGAUGGAUACUUAGACACCAAGCACAAUGCGACGAUAAUGAACACAGGACAUACAGUGGUCAUAGAAGUGAAUGGUAAGAGUUUAGUCUAUGGUGAAGGAUUAAAAGGAAAGUAUAUAGCGUACGAGAUUCACUUCCACUGGGGAAUGAACGAUAUCGUGGGAUCAGAACAUAUGCUUAAUGGACACCGGUUCCCCAUGGAGAUUCACAUUUUACAUUAUUCGGAAAAAUAUCCUAAUAGUGAAAAAGCUUCAAAAUACAAGGGUGGCUUGUUAGUUGUCGCUUACUUCGUCAAGAAUGAUAAAUCAUAUGCAGACAAUGAAGAUUUGGCCGACGUAGUGAAAAAUGUCAAAAUGGUAAAAUUUAAAGGUAAUAGAUACCCCGUGAUUUCUUGGAAGCUAGAGGCAUUUUUUCCUGUUAAUCAAACUUGUUAUUACCGUUAUGAAGGCAGUUUGACAUACCCACCUUGUUGGGAGACAGUUAUAUGGGUAAUAUUCAAGGAUGCACUUCAAAUAUCUUCAGGUCAGAUGAAUGAAUUCCGUACUAAUUUGGAUGAGCUUGAUGAAUCAGCAGUGAGAAUAUUAAUGGGAAACAACUUUCGACCCCUUCAGGAGCUAAAUGAUAGAAUUAUCUACCGCAGCUGUGAUCCAGUUAUGAGUGAUGUGACUUCAUCAUUGUCCUGGUCUGCUGUACUACUGAUGCUUUGUCAAGUGGGAAUCUUCAUGGAUAAUAGUUACUUCUGGUAUCUUGUGCUACACAAAUAUCGCCCAACAGAAUGGUAACUCAAGUGCUGUUCUUUAAUGACUCAAUUGUUGUGUUGUUUCUUUAGCGACUUGUGUGUUGCCAUUGUCAUCUUUAUCAGCAACCAAAAUAAAACUCAGCAUUGAGCAACUAAACAAGGAAAUAACAAAAGAUAAAUAUACUACAAGAAGGCAGUGAAAUAGUAAACAUAUCCAACACAAGCUGCAAAUUUAACAUUCACAGUAUUCUACAUCAUCAUCAACAGCAAUAACAGCCACACUAACAAUCUCAAAGACUACAUCUCCAAAACAUGAGAAGAUAAGCACCUUCUACCUAGACCCUUAUUUUAAACCCUUCCUUCUGUCAGACACUUAAAAGAAGCAAUAGGGAUAUGUAAAAAGUUAAAAAGGCUUGGGGUCAGACAAACCUACAAACAUCCACCAUAAGCAUUGUGUGCUGCACGCACUAACAUAUACAGCUAACUGUAUCAGCAUUGAUAAAUUCCAAGGUUCUGGAGCUGAGGAAAAUCAAUUCUAAAGUCCAACAAAAUUCAAAGUGAAGUAACAUUAUAUAGGAUCAUCACUUUGCUAUUACAUACCCUCAAAAAUUCCAGGAAGACUUAUCCUUGAUAUCACUAAUCUACACAUCGCCAUUCCCCAACACAAAAGUCGCUAAAGAAACAACACUGGCCACUGUACACAACCACCACACUUCUUCUCAAAAGCCUGAUACAGAAUGUAUAUGAUGUCAUAAAAGAAAAAACUACCAUUUGUACCAUUCUAACCACCAUUGAUAUCAGCAAAGUUUCAACUCCAUUUCUUACUGUCUAACUCAUACAAAAGUGUGUGAUAAUGCUGAUCUGGAUCUAUGGAAACCAUAUUUGUGGUUUAAGAGUUAACAAAGACUCAAUUUAGUAAAGAAAAUGGUUGUUUAGGACUGAUUCCAUCAUUUUGAUUUGUUGUGUUGCUGUACAUGUUGUGGCACUCUGAGUAACCUUAACACAAGUAGGUAGUAGGUCAAAGGAUGAGAUGUAAUCCACAAAUUCUCAGUUCCAAGGUUAUAUGAUUAACAUUUGAUAUGUUGAAAGUGAAGGUCUUCAUGCAUCAGUUGUUGGUAGAGAUGUGUAAGCUGGAACAUGCUGUCUCAUGUUUUCAUAAGUUGGUUGAAGAACAUCUCCACAGAUAUGGAAAUACUGGAGUAUUUGGUGUACCAGUUGUGCAUUGUUAGAAAGUAUAUAGAGAGUUAUCAGGGGGUGGUCGUCUGGUUGGAGUUUUCACACUUGAUAACAUAAAAUGUCGAGAUGGAAUUGAGGAGAGUUCUGUUAAGAUUUUGUUGCGUAUACACAUGUGUAUAUGCAUUUGUCUAUGAGCAUGCGUGUAUGUGUGUGUGUGUGUGUGCACAUGUGCAUUCAUAUUUGAAUGUGGGUCUUCACAACUGGCAUUGUUUAUGUUUCUUAUAAACAAAAUAUCUAGCAGUAAUUCAAUAAAACAAAGGUUGGUACAAGAAAGGGCAUCCAGCCAUAGAAGACUGUCUCAAGAAAUCUCAUCUAACUUAUGAUAGUAUUGAAAGAGCAAGUGUAAAGACAAAAGGAAACAAAUGCCUUGUGUCUACAAUUUCUGACUGCAGUCAAUAGCCUGGAAAUGGAGAUGGCCUCCAUGAGAAUGGAUUGACUUUAAAUUACUGCAAAAAGAUGAAACCUUUAGUCACAAACAAAUGACUUGAUGAAGGUCAAUGAGAGAUUUUCAGCUUCACUUUCCAAAGAGAAAUAGCUGAAUGGACAGGGUAUUACUGAAUUAUAUGUUUAAAUAUUCCGUAAAAUUUUUUCUGUUGCCACUGGCUCAGAAAUUUAUUUCUUAUAAUUUAAUACUUCACUUAAUCUAUUUGUUGGAUAUAGGUACCAGAUGAUCUUGAAGUGUUAUCUGGCAGAUGUCCAAAAGGCAAAUAUAUUUCAAAGCUGUAACACAUAACUUUGAUUUAUUUUGUUAUAUGAAUUGUGUGUAUGUUUAUUUGCAUAUAGAUAUUUCUAUAUGUAUUUAAGCCAGUGUAUUAAUGGCACAAAAUAAUAAUAUAAUGAAGCUUCUUAAUAAACAAUAUACUUUGAAUUUCC